GGGCCAGGGAUUGGGGCCGGCUCGGGAAGCCGGGGACACGGCUGACAUGGUCACAGCCCCGCCGGAUCCCCGAGGGGAGCAGCCCUCCCGGGACUGAUCCAAAGGGGGGGAGAUGGUUCUGUCAGGCCCAGGGGGAUUCCCCCCCCCCCACAGGAUUGGGGGCGGGAGGCUGCUCGGUCUGACCCAAUGGGAUCCGCCCCCCUCGGUCUGGCGCUGUUCCAAAGGGGCGUGUGGUUCUCUGACCCAGUGAGAUUCCCUGGCUUGUCUUUGGUCCGGCCCCGAAGAAAGGCUGGGGGGAACGUGUGGUUCUGUGUUUUGGUGGGAGCCCCUUGUGUUCUUGCUGCUCCUGACACUUGGGUGGUUCUGUCUGACCCACUCCCUGUCUAGGAUACUGAUCCAAGAGAGAUGUUGUCUGCCCCAAUAGGAUCCCCUUGUCUGUCAUUGGUGCUGAUCCAUUGGGGGGGCAGUGGUCUCUGUCCCUGGCAGUUCAUGAUCCCUUUGCUCCCCCUAGUCUGGCCCAGAGAGAGUUUCUGCCACACCCAGGAGUAUUGUCCUCCCUGCUGCCAUUAUUAUGAGGCAUGAUUUGUAUUCUGAAUCUGGCAGCACCUAGGCGGCCUAUUGUGCUAAACACUGUACACGUUAAGUGCAUGACAAGAGGCAACUGGGGGAUUCAACAAACAGAAAGGGUGGAGGUUGCAAUAAGGUUCCCUAUCUGUCCUACUGCUGGUCAGGAAAAAUCGCCAGCCCCCCUAUAUCCCUGUUCCCUUUGGCCACCCCUAGGACUGAGGCAUUCCGUUCAUCGCAGUAUGAGAGUAAGUGUUCUCUACAGCUAGAUCUGACCCAGUGUUGCACCCGGGAGUUGUCUGUUUGUUCAGCCUGCCACUGAUCCUCAUUCUGAUUGGUAAUGGCCAGGGAGAGAUCAGCUGCCUCAUCUGCCUGUCCCUGAAUCUGAGCCCCAUUCCUCUCUGUUAGGGUGUUCAAUGCCGUGCUGAUGCCUGUACAUCUGUCUGAUGCAGCAUUGAUUUUUUUGUGGGUUGCGGUCUUUGGAGCUGAUCCCAGAGGCUGUGUAACGUCAGGAUCGCUCCAUACUAAUCCCCUGUAUUUUUGUCUACUCUACCUGUCUUCUCUUGGCCCAAGCUUUGCAGUUAACCUUCCCCUUCAUUCCCUUCUCUUGCUCUUGUCUUUGCUCUGUCUCCCAUAUCCCCCCCUGGAACCUCCUUCCAGACCUGCUCCACCCUGUCUGCAUCCUCUCCUCCUCCUUCAUGUCCCAUUUUAGGAGUUUACUCCAUUCACAAGGCCCACCAGGUCCUUGGUCUCCUCCAAAAUGAUGGCAAGAGAGUGAGAAAAGAUGAGCCCCACAAAAAGUGUGGGACCCAAGAGACAAGGACUGUGUUUCUGAGAGGGGGCCCAGCCAUGGCCACAGGAGGGAAAAGCAGCCGAUCUAGCAUCCAUCGUUACACCAACCGUCUGAUUAACGAGAAGUCUCCCUACCUCCUCCAGCAUGCCCACAAUCCGGUGGACUGGUACCCGUGGGGCCAGGAAGCCUUUGAUAAAUCAAAGAAAGAAAACAAGCUGAUAUUUCUGUCAGUCGGCUAUUCCACCUGCCACUGGUGCCACGUGAUGGAGCAGGAGUCCUUCAAGAACAAAGAGAUCGGCAAGAUUCUGAAUGACAACUUUGUGUGCAUAAAAGUGGAUCGUGAGGAGCGACCAGAUGUGGAUAAAGUUUACAUGACCUUUGUGCAGGCCACCAGCAGUGGAGGGGGCUGGCCAAUGAGUGUGUGGCUGACUCCUGACCUCAAACCCUUCGUAGGUGGGACGUAUUUCCCUCCUGAAGAUGGAAUUUACCAAGUCGGCUUUCGGACGGUGCUGCUCCGAAUUGCUGAUCAGUGGAAGCAGAACAAAAAUGCCCUUUUGGAGAAUAGCCAGAGGAUUAUGUCAGCGCUGCUGGCAAGGGCUGAGAUCGGCAUCAAAGGGGAAGAUUCGCCCCCACCUUUUCCAGAGGUGAUGGCCAGGUGUUUCCAGCAGCUGUCUGAAUCAUAUGAUGAGGAAUAUGGCGGCUUUUCAGAGUUUCCAAAGUUCCCCACGCCAGUCAAUUUAAAUUUCCUGUUCACAUACUGGACCCUACACCGGGCAUCCCCUGAUGGCGCACGGGCCUUGCAGAUGGUGCUGCACACUCUCAAGAUGAUGGCCUAUGGUGGGAUUCAUGAUCACAUUGCUCAGGGAUUCCAUCGCUACUCCACCGACCAGAGAUGGCAUGUUCCUCACUUUGAGAAGAUGCUGUAUGAUCAGGGGCAGCUAGCUGUGGCCUAUGCCAGGGCGUUUCAGAUUUCUGGCGAUGAAUUCUUUGCAGAUGUUGCUGCGGACAUUCUGCUCUAUGUCUCCCGAGAUCUGAGCGACAGGGCUGGAGGGUUCUACAGCGCAGAGGACGCAGACUCCUACCCGACAGCCAAGUCCAAAGAGAAGCGGGAGGGGGCCUUCUGCGUGUGGACGGCAGAGGAAAUACGGCGCCUCCUUCCAGAGCCUUUGGAGGGGGUUUCGGAGAGGAAGACUCUGGCAGAUGUGUUCAUGCAUCACUAUGGGAUUAAGGAAGGUGGGAACGUGAGCCCAGCGAAGGACCCGCACCAGGAGCUGAGGGGGCAGAACGUGCUGAUUGUGCAGUAUUCCCUGGAGCUGACGGCAGCCAGGUUCGGGCUGGGCCUGGAACAGCUCAAGACGAUGCUGGUGAAGAGCAGAGAGCGGCUCUGCGAAGCCCGGGGUCACCGACCGCGCCCACAUCUGGACACCAAGAUGCUGGCGUCCUGGAACGGCCUGAUGAUCUCGGGCUUCGCUCAGAGCGGGGCGAUCCUCGGCAAGGAGGAGUACGUCUGCCGGGCCGGGCUGGCUGCUGACUUCCUGCGAGGCCACCUGUUCGAUGCCAGCAGUGGCAGGCUGCUGCGGAGCUGCUACCGGGGCAAAGGCAGCUCGGUGGAGCAGAGUGCUGUUCCCAUUCAGGGCUUCCUGGAGGAUUAUGUCUUUGUGAUCCAGGCUCUCUUCGACCUUUAUGAGGCCUCACUGAACCAGAGCUGGCUGGAGUGGGCCGUGCAGCUCCAGCGCAAGCAAGACGAGCUCUUCUGGGACUCCAAAGGCUUUGCGUAUUUCUCCAGCGAGGCUGGGGACUCCUCUCUGCUCCUCCGCUUGAAGGAUGAUCAAGAUGGCGUGGAGCCCAGCGCCAACUCCGUGGCCAUUGCUAACCUACUCAGGGCAGCCUGUUACUCCGGCAACAUGGAGUGGGUGGAGAAAGCCGGGCAGAUCCUGGCUGCCUUCUCAGAGAGGCUGCUGAAGAUCCCUGUGGCCCUGCCAGAGAUGGCCCGAGCCACGGUGGCCUUUCACCGCACUCUCAAACAGGUUGUUAUCUGCGGCGCCCCAGAAGGAGAAGAUACUAAAGAUCUGCUCCGCUGUGUCCACUCCGUCUUCGCUCCAAACAAGGUGCUGAUGCUGGCGGACGGGGACAGUACUGGAUUCCUGUACCACCAUUUGCCCUUCCUCUCCUCCUUGGAGAGGAAAGACGGAAAAGCCACUGCUUAUCUCUGUGAAAACUUCGCCUGCUCCCUGCCUGUCACCUCGUCCCAGGAGCUGCGCAGGCUGCUGCUGCUGUGAGCUGUUGCCCCGUGGCCCCACCGGGCACCCUGCCGUCUUGGCGAAGGUGAAAGAAAAUAGACUAGCGAGACAGCCGCGGUGACUAUGCAUGGACGCAGCGCAGAACUCUGCAAUAAAGUCACCUUUUGCACAAGCCACCCGCUGGAUUGUUCUUAGUGAAACUGACAAGCAGUCACAGCCAUCCAUCCCUGCUGGCUCCCCACCACCCAUCCGUGAGCAGCUCUGUCCUCUGAGAUGGUUUUAGCCCUCGUGUUUCAGUUGUAACAGUGUCUUUCCUCCUCCUCAUCAGGAAGACUCACACUCCACAGUUCUCAAGAGUACUGCCCAUUUGGGGCUGAUUAUGUUCCUUGCAUUCAAAUCCCCAGGGAUAGGUGCAGUCAGUUCUGAUCUGAACCAUGACCAGUUGAGUCAAAUAUGAAGAGUCCACAUGCAGUGGAAUCUAAUCAUAACAAUGUCCAAUCAGGUUGCUCCUUUUCCUAGGUAGGUUUUGCAGCACCCCGGGCGGUGGCAUUGUCCCUGUUUAUGGAAACUGAGGCAUAGAGAGAUUCAUCUGCCCAGAUUACAUAGGAAGAGCCAGGAAUAGAACCCAGGAGUCCUGAGUUCCCAUUCCCCUACUCCAAUGUUUCUCAACUGGUGGGUUGCGAUCCCUGGGAGUGGGAUGGGUGUUGUGUAAGGCAAUCCAGGGAGUGGGGCGGGGGGGGCAGGGGGAGGCACUGGAAAUUUUAUUACAAAUAAAAACAACGAAAGUCUCACUCCCUGCUCAGCCUCCGCUUUCAAUGUCAAGGAUUCUCUGUCAGCCUCUCCAAACACACACACAAAUCAAUUACACAGGCUUAUUAGCACUGUUAGCAUGAAUACAUUUUUACUCGUAAAUGCAAGGAAGGUUACAACAUUUUUUUUUUACCUUAAAUAAGGAUCUGCCCUCUGAAAAGCACUGCCCUCCUCUAGCCAGUGUCAAGGGGGAUGCGGCGGAGUGUCUAGCUGUGAACCGUCAUGCGCAGCAGUGGCUAAUUCCAGUGGGCCAACCGGCAGUGUGGUCUAAUUCAGGGGUCCUCAAACAUUUUUCCCUGUGGCCCACCUGUACAGCUGCAAUGGGCACUGCGCCCCGCUGUUAACACCACUAUUAACAACUAGAACCAUUAAUAAUUAUUACAUACAGCUAAGCGAUAAUACUGUAAGCAAAGAAUUCCCAUGUUUCCUUUUCAUUUGAAUAUACACAGUUGUAAGGAUAGAAAUCCCUAGCAAUAUGCACUCAAAGACAGGCUUUAAGGUCUUUGAAACCAACAGGUUUAGUAAAGCUACACUUUAAAAAAACAUGGAGAGCAAAAUGUGGUGUUCAAACAGGGCAAACAGUGCAUAACUGUACCAUGUACAAAACUGAAUGAGCAACACAACAUUAACAAAAUUGUUAAAAAACCAGUUAUUUGUUGAUUUUAAACUUUGAACCCUAUAUUGUGUUUUCAAUAUUUUUUUAGUGUAAAAUCUGAAUUUCUGUGUUGUAUAAGUCAAGACUUAACCCUACUCUCUACUAAUUAGAAAACAAUCAGAUAUUGUAAAUAAAAAUGCAAAAUAACAGUUCCGUUAUAACACACUGAGGCAACAGGUACUCAACCCGUCCGGUGAAAGAGAAUCCAAACUUCAAGCAUGCAUCAUCGUAUUUUCUUACCACUUUAUUUUUUUGGCUGGCUCAUUUGUGUCACUGUAGAUGGUCCAGGGCUUUCAUCAUCUUCUCCACCAGUGCAUUCUUCUUGCUUCUGAAAAAUAAAUCCAGCCAGGUCAGAUAGAAAAACUGCUUGCCGUUUUUACAGUUGUAAGUGGCAGACUGUGUGUACAUUGCUAGGUUACCUUGCAGUGAAAUGCAUCAUUGUACUCGCGAGAAUUAAACUUGAUUUAUUUCAGCUUGGGUUUUUAUAAAUAAAGUUUUUUCUAUACUCUGUCCAGCA